CAGUUCAGCUAGAAUUUGCAAGUUCCCAAGAAAAUAUAUACUACUCAGCUCUACUUCAAGAACAAGCUUCCAGAAAAGAUGGAUCAGUUAGCAGCUCAUGGCCGUCCUUUACCACCUCCUUUUCACACUAGAGAUCUUCAGUUACAACAGAAUAAUAAUCCCCACCACCAGUUCCAUCACAUACAACAACAACAAGUACAAACGAAAGCUGAAGACGAACAACAAAGCGGACACCGAAACCAGAAAAGGGAUCGCGAAGAUACCUUUAGUUUAAAUCCUGAAUCAGGCUCUAUGGACAGCAAAGGAAAUACGGGAGGAGAAGGUGGUGGAGAAGUAAACAGAAGACCACGAGGAAGACCAGCUGGUUCUAAGAACAAACCAAAACCACCCAUCAUAAUCACUCGUGAUAGCGCUAACGCUCUUAGAUCUCACGUUAUGGAAAUCGCCAGUGGCUGUGAUAUACAAGACAGUAUCUCCACUUUCGCCACCAGAAGACAACGCGGUGUUUGCAUAUUAAGUGGUAGUGGAACUGUUACAAACGUUACAAUUAGACAACCAGCGUCUCCAGGCGCGGUGGUAACUCUACAUGGAAGAUUCGAAAUCUUAUCGCUUUCUGGUUCAUACUUACCACCGCCAGCACCACCAGCCGCAUCAGGGUUGACGAUAUACUUGGCCGGAGGACAAGGCCAAGUAGUAGGUGGUAGCGUUGUCGGGCCCUUGAAUGCUUCGGGCCCGGUGGUGAUUAUGGCGGCUUCGUUUGGAAAUGCAGCAUAUGAAAGGCUUCCACUUGAAGAUGAAGAAUCCCCGGUGGGGCAGCAAGGAAGUGGGGCUUUACCAACAAGUGGGAUAGUAAGUACUAAUCAACAACAUCAAGCUGCACAGCAAAUUAUGGGUGGUACUGAUCCAAAUGCUAAUUUACUUCAAGGGUUGCCUCCAAAUCUACUAAAUUCAUGUCAAUUACCAACUGAUGCUUAUUGGGGAACAGGAGGUCGUCCUCCUUAUUGAUAAAAAAUUUGGGAAACUUCAAAAAACUAGUUGUCCUUGUUUUUUUUUUUUUUUUUUUUUUUCUCUUUGCAUUUUAUUAAUCUUGGACAUGGUUUCCGAAUUCCAAUAUUAUAGUACAGUAGUACUUCUACUACAACUUCUUCUCCAUCAUUGAUCACCUUUACUUCUUUAAAGUGCUAGUCGAGUUUGUGGAGUUAUUUGAUCUGUUUCUUAGUCAUGAACUUACAUUUUGAUUAGUGAGGGAUGUAAAAUUUCAAGAAUCAUUUGUGGGUUUUUCUUUAUUUGAUGUGAAUGGUAGCAAAAAGUUGUUAACAGAA